UAUCAAUCAGUCGUCGUUGGUGUUGUCAUCCACAAUGAGAAGGACGCCCAUGAACUCAAGUAUCUUGUGCAAUGACUAUGAUAGUAUUGGUGCAUUUGAAAAGACGAAAGAUACUGUUCAGUUUAGUGAGGAUAAGCCAAGUGCGUACGAGAGGGUAAUUGUUAAAUUGACUUGCAUGAAUAAAGGUUUUUCAAGUUCCAAGUUACCAUUUGAAUGUUAUUAUCUUUGGUGUGAAUUACUCUGUGCCUACGCUUGGUUGGUCAGAUACGUCGUGUGUUUGUUUGUCAUCUACAUUCCACGAUACAAUGACAUGGGAGUGUUACCGUUGAGAUUUGAGGAUACAGUUGAUGGAAGGAGGUUAUUUAUUAUUAUUAUUUAGUAGUAGUAGUAGUAAAUGAACUCUGCGACGAUUUUCC